UGGUAAGUCAUUAUUCAGGGUAGGAUAGUUGCGUUAACAAACGAAAAUGGCGUCUGCACUGGAAAAUUUAGAAGCUCAAUUAGAGCUUUUUAUCGAAAAUGUACGGCAAAUACGUAUUAUAGUGAGUGAUUUUCAGCCUCAAGGACAAAAUGUAUUAAAUCAAAAAAUUCAAGGAUUAGUCAAUGGCUUACAAGAGAUUGAUAAGCUAAAAUCUCAGGUACAAGAUGUCCAUGUGCCGUUAGAAGUGUUUGAUUACAUCGACCAAGGAAGAAAUCCUCAGUUAUAUACCAAAGACUGCAUAGAGAAGGCUCUGACUAAAAACGAACAAGUAAAGGGAAAAAUUGAUGCUUACAGGAAGUUUAAGGCAAACAUGCUGGUGGAGCUGAAUCGAGUUUUCCCAAACGAACUAGCUAAAUACAGAGCAAUUCGUGGAGAUGAAUAAAACAACUUAAUUUUAAGGAUCUGGUCAUGUUUCUUUAUAAAUCCUGUCACAAUUAGUGUAGUUUUUUGUAAUUUUGUGUAUGAUCUUACAUUGUAUUAUAAAUAAUUAUAAAUAAAUAAAUAUAUAUAUUGUAAUAUAUAGUAUGUUACAUAUACAGAGUAUGUCCCAUGACUUGAAGUUCAUACAUUAAUUUACCUUGUUUAUUUACAAAACAUAAUUUUGAACAAAAUUUAUAGUACAUUUAUAAAAAAGUUAAAGUAAAUGUCUUCUUUUGUUUUUCAAAUAUUCACAUCAACUUUCAAUGAUUGUAGUUCUGUUAGGAAGUAUCUACCGACAUAUAUGUUUAUCAAACAGUUUCAAUUCCAAAUGACUUUAAUAAUGCUCUUAGUGUAUGGACCUUAAUUCAUGGAAUUCCCUGUAUAUUAUAAGUGUGUAAAUAUGUACAGUAUUUUUAAAAA